AUGAUUUAGCUCCAGUUUUGAGCACCGGUGAAUAAAAAGAUUGCAAAAAUCACUGUAUUAUAUGAGUUCUUAGACUUUUAAGUACAUCAUUUUUUUAUUUGCUAACUUCUAUAUGUUAAACAAUAAUAAUUUUCCUUGAUUCGAUAAAAUCUGUCGAUGUCUUUAAUUAAAUUUAGGACUUUGCGAAUUCGUAAAUUACUUCAGAUUUUCAAAUCUAAACCUGUGGAAACUAGUUUCGUAAUUUCCCUUAUAUUAGCUACACUCUCACCUCUUAGAUGCCCUACUUGUAAAGGCUAUGACUAUUUAAAUCUGAAAGAAAUUAAAGACGAUUUGCAAAUGUGCCUGGUAACAAGGCGGCCACCAGAUUUCAAGUUAUGCCCCAUGUUGUCGCCAGAGUUAGCUCAUUUCAAGCAUGUUAAUGUGAAACUGAAUGCUACCUUUCUUAAAGAAAUGCCUGAAAAGCUUGAAAUUCAAUCUGGAGGACGAUGGUUUCCAAAGCAUUGCUCGUCAUGGCAACGGGUAGCUAUUAUUGUUCCUUAUAGGAACAGAGAAAUGCAUCUCAAAAUCUUCCUGCAAAAUAUGCAUCCUUUUCUUCAAGCCCAAAAACUUGAUUAUGGAAUAUUUAUUAUAGAACAGAGUGAGAAGCAUGAUUUCAACCGUGGAAAACUUUUGAAUAUAGGAUAUGUAGAAGCUUCCAAAGAACCAGAUUUUUGCUGUUUCAUUUUUCAUGAUGUAGACUUACUGCCAGAAAGCCCUCAGCACAUAUACGGUUGCUCUGAAGAACCCCGGCAUAUGUGUUCUGCAUUAGAUACUUUUCGAUAUGUUUUACCAUACCCAGAAUUAUUUGGUGUUACUGCUUUUACUAAAGAGCAGUUUACCACUGUUAAUGGCUAUUCAAAUGAAUACUUUGGAUGGGGUGCUGAAGAUGAUGAUCUGUAUGACAGGUUAAAUGUUAAGCAAUUAAAAGUGCGCCGUUGGGCAUCUGAGAUUUCUCGGUAUAAAAUGCUGUUUCAUUCUAAGGAAGUUCCUAAUCCAGACAGGUAA